AUGGCAUUCACCCGUUUUGCUGCUCGCCGAGGACCAAUCCAGGCCAUCUAUAGUGAUUGUGGUACCAACUUUGUGGGAGCAUCUCGACUGUUCAAAUCAGUUUCUGAGUACCAAAAUGCUAUAACCAAUCAUCUCUCUACACAGCAGAUUCAAUGGCACUUCAAUCCACCAUCAGCCCCUCACUUCGGAGGUUUUUGGGAAGCAGGUGUCAAGUCCGUAAAACAAUUAUUGUACCGAUCCAUAGGUAACCACCGACUGACCAGCGAAGAACUUAGUACCUGUCUAACGCGCAUCGAAGCAACUCUAAAUUCCAGACCGUUGAAUGCGAUGAGCAACGAUCCCGCUGAUUUCCACGCACUAACGCCAAACCAUUUCCUGACCCUCGAACCCAGCACGACUAUUCCAGAUCCAGAUUUGUCAACCCUUCCAAUAUCUAAGAUGCAGCGAUGGCGGCUCCUCCGAGAUAUUCACCAACAUUUCUGGAGUAAGUGGAAAAGCGACUUUAUCAAUACUUUGCAACAACGCGUGAAAUGGACAAAGGACAAUGGAGCUUUGCGUCAAGAUGAUCUAGUCCUCAUCAAGGAACCAACCAGCUAA